AUGACGGUCGUCGAGUACGAGCAUAGAUUUACAGAGUUAUCUCAGUAUUCCCUUUCGAUCAUUGUGGAAGAGAAAGAAAGAUGUAGAAGAUUUGAUAAUGGCCUAAGAAGGAAGAUACGUACUCCUGUUACUUCUACAGCUAAUUGGGUGAAUUUCACUCAGUUAAUUGAGACCGCUAUUAGAGGUGAACGGAGUGUAGAAGUGGUAGACAUACCACAGGCAGGUUCAGUGAAGCACAGAACUCCAGUCAAGACGAGAAGUAAGAGUUUUAGACCCUCGUUCUCUGGACAGUCAGGCAUGGAUUUCCUAAGUAAACAUUAUGCCACUAUAGAUUGUUUUAAGAAAGAUAUAGUAUUUAGAAAACCAGGUGAACAAGAGAUAACCCUGGUAGGAAGUAAAAGAAUACUUCUAGGAAGUAUAAUACCAGUAGUGAAGGCUAGGACGCUGCUGAGUAAGGGAUGUGAAGCUUAUUUAGCCUAUGUAGUGAUUUCACAAGAUAGAAAGCUGAAACCUGAAUAUGUACCUAUGGUACAAGAAUUCUUAGAUGUAUUUCUUGAAGAGUUACCAGGUUUACUACUUGACAGGGAAGUUGAGUUUACUAUUGAGUUAUUUCCAGGUACAACACUUAUAUCCCAGGCACCAUAUAGAAUGGCGCCAGCAGAACCAACGGAGUUGAAAGUUCAGUUACAAGAACUUGUUGAUAAGAGGUACAUCAAAUCCAGUGUGUGGCCUUGGGGAGCACCAGUCUUGUUUGUCAAGAAGAAAGACCAUGAUCUCUUCGAUCAGUUAAAAGGAGCCAUGGUAUUCUCUAAGAUAGAUUUGAGAUCAGGUUACCACCAGUUGAGGGUAAAGGAAACAAAUGUUCCAAAGACUGCUUUAGGACCAGGUUAUUACAGGAGAUUUGUGGAUGGAUUUUCUAAGAUAGCUCUACCAUUGACAAACUUGACUAUAAAAGAUGCAAAAUUUGAGUGGUCGCCAGAAUGCGAGCAUAGUUUUCAAGAGUUGAAACAGAGGUUAGUAACAACACCAAUGCUAACUUUACCUACACCAGGUAAAGUGAAUGUGGUGGAUGAUGCUCUAAGUAGAAAGACCGGAUCGGCCAGAGUUGUUAUCUGUUUAGUAAGAGGUACACUGAUACAUGAGUUGUAUAGUGCUAAAGAGACAUUAUCAGUUGAUCAAUUAGCUAAGAUGUAUGUUGAUAGAAUUGUAAGUCAGUUUGGAGCUACAACUUCGAUUGUAUCAGACCGAGAUUCUAAGUUUACAUCGAAAUUUUUGCCUAGUUGCAGAAAGCUAUGGUUCAAGGGCAGUUUGGAUACGCAUCUGUCGUUGAUCAAAUUUGCGUAUAACAACAGUUAUCAUUUGAGUAUCGGAAUGGCACCGUAUGUGGAUUUGGACGGGAGACCAUGUAGAACUUCGAGUUAUGCAGAUAAGUGGAGAAGAGAAUUGGAAUUCAAAGUUGGCGAUAAAGCAUUUCUUACGUUGUCUCUGUGGAAAGGAAUACUUAGGUUUGGUAGGACAGGGAUGUUAAGCUCAAGAUACAUGGGACCUUACGAGAUAAUAGAGCGAGUUAGCUCAAUGGCUUACAGGUCAGAGUUACCUCCAUAUUUAUCCCGUAUCCAUGAUGUGUUCCAUGUGGCAAUGCUGAGAAAGUAUAUGCCAGAUCCUACCCAUGUGUUACCUGAGCAACCAGUGCUGUUGAAAGAGAAUUUAUCAUACGAAAAAAAACCAGUAGAGAUUCUUGAUAGGAUAGAGCAAGUCUUGAGAAAUAAGACAAUACCUUUGGUAAAGGUACUAUGGAGAAACCAUAGUACUGAAGAAGCUACAUGGGAAGCUGAGGAGCAAAUGAAAAACAAGUUUCUGCAGUUGUUUAAUUGA